CCACUGUCACGUGGUCAUUCCUUCAUCAUGGCCGCCACCUGGAAGGUGACCGGUAAGAAGUGAUUCCCAGUGAAUGCUGUUUUACUUCGGGUCUGGCAUUGGGUUAGAUCAAUCCUGUUGCAAAAUGCGGAAGAAAAUCUGAUCAAACCGAAAAGAUAUUUAACAGAAUAAUCCUUGUCAAAUGGAAUGGAAUAUCAAACUUUCAUGGAUUCUAAAUAAUUAAAGCUUUUCUUGGUACUGUGUGUCAGAAGAGAAUCUGCAGUAAUGUUGAAAAAUCCAGUCUUUGUGGAGUCAUUCAUUGUUUUCAUCAUUGUGCUGUCUGUCCACGCUGUAAUCUGGAACAGAUUUUCCUGGUGUACCCUCGCUUUAGCCGUUCAGGCUUAUUAUGUCCAGCACAAAUGGGACCGGCUCCUGAAAUCUGGCAAUGCAGUCUUUCAGUAUCGACCAGCUUUUAGCAGUGGGCUUCUGCCUGCCAGCGUUGUUUUGCCUCUUUUAGGAAUCGUGUUAAAGGAGAGAUGGGAAAUGAUUGGAAAUGUGCACUUUGAGCGGUUUUGUAUUGUGUGUUCUGCCGCAGGAAUGGUCAUUGCUCUAUUUGUCUCAUUACUGGUUUUAGGGCUCACAAAACCGAUUCCAACGAAUACCAGCAUUGUCUAUGGUUUUGCAGCCUGUGCCAUAACAUACACCUUUAAACACUCUCUCUCUGUGUCAGAAGUAAUUGAGAUUCUGGAGGUGUUAUUGAUCUUUGUCUAUCUCUCUCUCAUUGUCCUUUACAUCAUGCCCAGAAGCUUCACCCCAGGAGAAGUGAUGUUGUUCUUAUCAGGGUUAAGCAUAGUGACUAACCAGCUCAUCAAACGCUCCUUGACCUUUGGAGAUAGCAGAUGUGAUCCUCUUGCAUCAUUUCUAUUGGUGGCUGUGGUUGGCACGGCACUCCUGGGACUGAUUUUUACUAUUUUGUACUGUUUCAUGGACUCAGAGACGUGGGUUUCCUCACUGAUCUUCCACGUAAUGGUGAUUAUUUUUGGUUUGGGAAUUAUGGCACCAUGGUUCUACCGACUGACCAGGAAUGAUCUUUUUGUUUGGUUUCUCAAGUUCCUCAUCAGUACAAGAACCAGGAUCUACCUACUCAGCUGCUGGUUCACCCUGGCAAUUGUUGCUACAGUCAUUGUUUUUCACCAGAACCUUAAGCAAUCAUCUACAUCCAAAGAUUACAAAGCUUCCACUGUUGUAAGGAAAAUCUUUCAUGCCAUUUUAGUGGCAACCUACGUCCCAGGCCUCAUCUUUGAUCGUCAGUUGCUCUACAUCGCUGCUGUGUUUUGUUUUGCUGCAUUUGUGGUGUUGGAAUACAUAAGGCAUUUUAGGAUCAAACCAUUUGGCAUGACAUUGAGAUCAAUGCUGACCCUGUUCCUUGAUGGCCGUGAUAGCGGGCCCUUGAUCCUAACACAUAUUUACCUGCUGCUGGGGUUAACCCUGCCUGUUUGGCUGUUUCCUGGAGUUUUUGUUCCCAAAAGUUCUUUUCCUGGGGAGAUAGCUUUGGCUCCGUAUGCUGGAGUCCUGGCUGUUGGGAUUGGUGAUGCCAUGGCUUCUGUUUUUGGAAGCACAAUGGGGGAGGUUAAAUGGCCUGGAACAAAGAAAACCUUUGAAGGAACAGCGACCUCUGUGUUUGCCCAGAUCAUUGCUGUUGCUUUGAUUCUGAUCUUUGAUAAAACAGUGAGUCUGAAUGGCAGCUACACCUGGAUUGUGGGAUCCAUUACUAUCGUCUCUCUUCUGGAAGCAUACACUGAUCAAAUAGACAAUCUUUUUUUGCCUUUGUAUCUUUUCAUUAUGCUGAUGGUGUGAAGGGGAUUACUGGCAUGACUGACUUUGCAGUUAAUGUGUUGUGUUUUCCUGCUCUCAAUGUACCACUUAAAAUCAGAAGAAAUCUAUCAUUUUGUAUCUAGCUGAAUUAACUUAUUAAUUUAUUCAGAAGUGAUCCCGUCAAGUUAAUAGCUAACUAAUAAAUUAAGUGUAAUUGAUAACAAAACUACAAAUGAGUGCAAUAGACUUCUCCAAUGAUAAUUCGUAAACAGGAAGAUUCCCAGGUGCAUACUGAGCUAACUAGUUUCAAUAUUUUCAAGGCAGUUGGCUAAAAACAAAUCAGCCAAAUUCUCUUUCCACAAUAGGUUGAAUUUUCAAAGAAGGGGGGAUAUAUUAAUGUUCAAGACAUAGAUCUCUAAGACAGGUGACUGAGGAAUUAUACCAAAACACCCAAAUGACGAGUGAUCAUAUUGUUUUCAUGUAUAGCUCGCCCAACACAGUUCAUUUUGCUGAAAAAAUGAAAGAAUUGCUGUGGUACUUUGCGGUUUGAUAAAAAAUAUACAUAAAUAAAAUGAUCCAACAAUCUUUAUUAUCCACAACCACUUUCUUAAUAAUUCUAAGCUUCAAUUUGCAUGCAAAACAAUUGCAACUGUUGUGAAGUUCAGCUGAGCAGGCAGCAUCUGAACAAUAGAAAAUCUUUCCCCUUACUCCUCAUGUCCUUCCCAACCAUCCCUACAAUUUCAAAUGAAGAUGGGAGGGGAGAAAUUAUGUAGUGUGUUUUAAAAAAGCAAAUUUUGACUGAAGAGAAACAUAUUUGUCAUCCAUGGAUCUGAAGAUUUUGCCAAAUACAUGCCUGAAAGCUAGACUGUACAAUUUCUAGUGUUUAUGGUAAAAUAGAAAACAGAACUAUAAAAGAUAUUUAGUGAGACAAUGGUAGGAGAAAAAUGCUGGAAUUUAUUAUGAAAUAAUUGCUAAAAUGGUUUUUAAAAAAUAGGAUUGACAAAAGGUUAAUGAAAGAAAUCAUGUUUGACAUAUCCGGUUUAAUUUUUUUAAGGUUGUAAAUAACAUAAUAGGAAGAGUGAACCAGUUGAUGCAGUGUAUAUUAACAGUGUAUACAGCCCUCAAUAGAGUGCACGGUAUGAGCAAAUAUACUGGCCAGGACUGAGGAUUAGUUAAUAAGAUAGAUAACAAGGGUUGGGAUAACAGGUCAUUUUCUUGAUUUUGGAGAAUGUGGGGUGCCAUAGGGUUGGGGUUAGGGCCCCAUCUGUAUCAAAGGUUUGGUUGAGGAUAUCAAAUAUUAAAUAUCCAUGUUUGUUGGUGUACAAAAUAGUCAAGUCAAGUCAAGUUUAUUCGUCACAUACACAUACGAGAUGUGCAGUGAAAUGAAAAGUGGCAAUGCUUGCGGACUUUGUGCAAAAAACAAACAAACAACCAAACAAACUA